GCAACUUUUGCUAUGAACCUCGGUGAACUGCGUUCUCCUAAGAACUUCAGAGUCUACUCCGGCUCCUCGGCCAUGCCUGAGUAUGAAGCUAUUGUGAACUCUCUCAGAGAGCAAUGUAUCGGGGAGCACGAGAGAAUUCCCGUGCCCUUCGACGACUCCACGCGAAGGAUGAU